AUGGGGAGCGGGGAGGAGGAGAGGGGCGGCGUGAGCGAGGCCGCCUUCACGGACUCGGCCGACGGGAGCAGCUCCAGCUCCGACGCCGCCUCCACCGACGACUGGCCCGCCCUCGCGCUCGCAGCGCCCAAGAAAGCGCCGCCUUGCAGCGGCGCCCCCGACGCCGAGAUGGCCGGCAAGCUGAAGCGCCGAGGUGGCCCAGAGACGGAGAUGAUGAAGGAGCGGUUCGCGAAGCUGCUCCUCGGCGAGGACAUGUCCGGGAGCGGCAAGGGCGUCUGCACGGCGCUCGCCAUCGCCAACGCCAUCACCAACCUCUGCGCCACCAUCUUCGGGCAGCUGUGGAGGCUGGAGCCGCUGCCGCCGGAGAAGGCGGCCAUGUGGCGGCGAGAGAUGGACUGGCUGCUCUGCAUCAGCGACCACAUCGUCGAGCUCGUCCCCACCUGGCAGUCCUUCCCCGACGGAACCAGGCUCGAGAUCAUGACAAGCAGGCCACGGUCAGAUCUGUACAUCAAUCUGCCAGCGCUUCGGAAGCUAGACCAUAUGCUCCUUGAAAUCCUGGACAGCUUCAGGGACACAGAGUUUUGGUAUGUCGACCAAGGGAUAUGCGCGGCGGACUGCGAUGGCUCCGCCUCGUUCCGGGCGGCCUUCCACCGCCGCGACGACAAAUGGUGGCUGCCGGUGCCCCGGGUGCCACCCGGGGGCCUCCGCGACAAGACGAGGAAGCAGUUGCAGCACAAGCGCGACUGCGCGAACCAGAUCCUCAAGGCUGCCAUGGCCAUCAACAGCAACGCCUUGGCAGAGAUGGAUGUCCCCGAAUCAUACCUCGACUCUCUGCCAAAGAACGGGAGGGCGACCUUGGGCGACGUGAUAUACCGCUACAUAACGUCGGAUCACUUCUCCCCCGAGUGCCUUCUCGACAGCCUAGACCUGUCGACGGAGUACCAGGCCCUGGAGAUUGCCAGCCGUGUCGAGGCGUCGGUCCACGUGUGGCGCCGCAGGGUGCCCGCGAAACCGGCGAACGGCUUAGGCCGCACCGCCAGCGCCAGCGCAAGGUCAUGGAGCAUGGUGAGGGACAUGUUAAUGGAUUCGGAGAAGAGGGAGCUGCUCGCGGAGCGGGCUGAGGGCCUCUUGAUAUGCCUGAAGCAGAGGUUCCCUGCCCUGACGCAGACAAGCCUCGACAUGAGCAAAAUUCAGUACAACAAGGAUGUGGGCAAGUCGAUCCUAGAGAGCUACUCGAGGGUUCUGGAGAGCCUGGCGUCGAACAUCGUGGCGCGCAUCGACGACCUUCUCAACAUCGACGAGCUGAACAGGCACGUGGAGCAGCUGUCGUCGGGUGAAGCUGACCUGAAGAUGGCCUGCGGCAGGGCCGUGGUGCCACCCUACCAGCAGGUGCCUGCCCCGGGCACGCCGUUUGUGACGUCCUACGCCACGCCUAGCUUCUCCCCGGGGCGGCUGUCGGGCCCGAGGACCUCGGUCGGUGCCGGCAGACGGUCUCAGGGCAACAGGGCCGCCGCCGCCGCCGCGAAGAAGGCCUUGACGGACCAUCUCGGCCCGUCGGAGGUCAGGGGGAUGAUCAUCGUGAACCGGAGCACGAUGGUCGAUGUCUCGACGACCACGGAUCUGUGA